AUGGCUGCCAAACAGGCUGCUACCAUGAGGAGUUUGGUCACUGGUCAGCCUGACACUGGAUUAGAUCCGAAGCACUAUAUGAGAUCCCAAUUUUGGUCCAUGAAUCCAUGGGAGCACGCCUACAUUACAUCUUCUGAAUCGACAUACGUUUAUCCUGAGCCUGAUCUCCUCCUGGAGUUGGUGACGGUGUAUUUUGAGAAGACAAAUGCCCUUAUUCCGAUUGUUCACGAGCCUUCUUUUAUGAAAGGUCUCCUGUCGGGAAAGCAUCACGUUGAUCCAUCGUUUGGACAAAUUGUGCUUUUAGUCUGUGCUAAUGGAGCUAGAUAUUCUACAGACCCCCGUGCAUGCUAUGCACCAGAAUCUCAGCAUUCGAGUAUGUCUAACGGUUGGCAAUUUUUCCGUCAAGUACCGUUACAUCGACGGCAAAUGUUCUACACAACUACCGUCUAUGAUUUACAAUACUACGCUGUCAGUAACCCCUUGAUUAGAGUUGACCUGAAACUUAUGAUGAUCCAGCUUGCUGCAAUCUUCGUGAAUGGUUCAGCGCUGUGCUCUGUUUCUUCCAAUAUUGUGGGCAUUGGACUACGCUACGCCAUAGAAAUAGGAGCUCAUCGCAGAAAUGGCCAAACUCAACCUUCAUUUGAGAACGAACAUUCGAAACGGGCAUUCUGGGUACUUUUCUGUUUAGAUGCUCUUCUAAAUUCGUUCUACGGCAGACCUGCUGGAAUCUCGCAUGACAGUUUUGAUUUGGAGUAUCCAGUUGAAUGCGACGACGAAUACUGGGACCACGAAGACCCACAGAAACGUUUUAGACAACCGCCUGGAAAGCCCUGUUCCAUGUCGAACUUUAUCCACUUGAUCAAGCUGUGCGAAAUCCUCAGUUUCUCGUCCAGAACCCUAUAUUCCACGAAGAAAUCUAAACUCGUUUCAGGGUACUUUGGAGAGGACUGGGAGAUGCGAAUGGUUGCCGAACUGGAUUCUUCACUCAAUAAAUGGAGAGCAGCGCUACCUUCUCACCUCCAAUGGGAUCCUCUGCGAGAAGACGAGAAGUUCUUCCAACAGUCAGCUAAUCUAAAUUCCAUAUUUUUCUACGUACAGAUUCAAGCCCAUCGCCCAUUCUUGAUUAAAAAAUCGAAGCUAUCACUCACAUCGGUCAUCAUGUGCACGAACGCUGCUAGAUCAUGUUCUGGGAUACAGGAAGCUGCGAUGGCGAGGGAUUGUCGCGUACUUCCUCAUACAACGUAUAUAGCAUUUACCGCGGGGAUAGUAUCUGUUCUUUGCCUAUGGAGCAGUCGUUGCCCAGGUUACGUUGGUGAUCCACAGAAAGAAUCAGAAAAUCUUCUUAGAUGUGUCAGUGUCCUCAAGAAAUGCGAAAAACUGUGGCAUAGUGCUGGCUCGUUUCGUGAUGUCCUGUGUGAAGCUGGCGCGCUUGAUAGAUCUGAAAUUGAUGGUCCUUCACCCGAAAAUUCCAGCGGCACCAUUCAGCUACCUGACCCGUUCAAAACCAUAUUCUCUCCGCCGUUACAAGAUGAUGCAACUUGGUCGAACAAUUGGGACUACACUGGACUGUUCCUCGCAGAAAUGGGACAUCGUGAGCUACAGAGCUCCGAGAUAAACCAUCCUCAAUUGGCACCGUCAGGACUAGGUCUGCCCAAUAAUUCUGAUCCAUCAGUGAGCAACACUCCUAUAGAAUGGAGCAGUAAUACUGCGGGAUAUCCCGGCUAUCCUCGCUAUGAAGGCUGGGAGCAAUACGCUCGUCACGUUUAA